AUGGGCGGCAUUUGCUGUAAACCCUCUUCUAUAGUGGAUAACAAAGAAAGACUCUCAAGUAAAGAAUCAUCUGAUUUGAGGGUAUCAAGUGUCACAUCUUCAAGGAGGGAAGAUGAGUAUAGGCCUAAAGAUAGGUACAACAGCAAUGACAAGAGGACAAUGUUAAUUGAUAAGCAAACCGAUGAGUCAAAUAGAUUGCAGGUCAGUGAGAGUGUUGAUAAAAAGAGUGAGAGGAUGGAAUAUGCUGUUGUGCAAUAUCCAAGGAUUGGUAGCAUACCAAAAGCGAUUGAAGGAGAGCAGGUUGCUGCUGGGUGGCCUUCCUGGUUAGCUGCAGUAUCUGGGGAAGCAAUAAAGGGGUGGCUUCCUAGACGGGCUGAUUCUUUCGAGAAGCUGGAUAAGAUUGGACAAGGAACCUAUAGCAAUGUUUACAGGGCACGUGACCUUGAUCAGAAAAAGAUUGUUGCUUUAAAGAAAGUGAGGUUUGAUAAUCUUGAACCGGAUAGUGUUCGCUUUAUGGCAAGGGAGAUCCACAUUUUGCGUAGGCUUGACCAUCCUAAUGUUAUAAAGCUAGAAGGCUUAGUUACAUCAAGGAUGUCUUGUAGCUUGUAUCUUGUCUUUGAAUACAUGGAGCAUGACUUGGCUGGUCUAGCCUCACAUCCCGGUCAUAAGUUUACUGAAGCACAGGUGAAAUGUUACAUGCAACAACUCCUACGAGGGCUUGAACACUGUCACAGUCAUGGUGUCUUACACCGAGAUAUAAAAGGUUCCAAUCUAUUAAUUGGCAAUAAUGGUAUCCUGAAAAUCGCCGACUUUGGUCUAGCAAGCAUUUACGAUCCCAGUCAUAUUCAGCCGUUGACAAGCCGGGUUGUGACCCUUUGGUAUCGUCCGCCGGAGCUUCUACUUGGAGCGACAUACUACGGAACUGCUGUGGACUUAUGGAGUACUGGUUGCAUACUUGCUGAAUUAUAUGCUGGCAAGCCUAUUAUGCCUGGUAGAACCGAGGUGGAGCAGCUGCAUAAAAUUUUCAAACUUUGUGGUUCUCCUUCUGAGGAUUACUGGAAAAAGUCAAAGUUGCCUCAUGCUACUAUAUUUAAGCCUCAGCAACCUUAUAGACGUUGUGUAGCUGAUACAUUUAAGGAGUUCCCUGCGCCCGCUUUAGCACUCAUGGAGACCUUGCUUUCCAUUGAUCCUGCGGAUCGAGGAACUGCAGCUUUUGCUUUGAGGAGUGAGUUCUUUACGACAAAGCCACUUCCUUGUGAUCCUUCAAGCUUGCCAAAAUAUCCCCCGAGCAAGGAGUUUGAUGCAAAAAUGCGAGACGAAGAAGCUAGAAGACAAGGUGCAGUAGCAAGCAAGGGCCACCGACAGGACACUGAACGAAGAGGAACCAGAGAAUCUCGAGCAGUGCCAGCACCUGAUGCUAAUGCGGAGUUGGCUGUAUCUAUCCAGAAAAGGCAAUGCCAGCCAAACUCUAAAAGCUGCAGUGAGAAAUUCAAUCCUCAUCCAGAAGAAGUCGCUUCUGGGUUUCCAUUCGAACCACCUAGACCAUCCCAAGUCAUCGAAUCAAGUGGAGAGCCCCCACAUCAACAGCAGCAUAGGCGAGGUUCUCAUUCAGGCCCACUUGCUCAGCGUGUUGCUUGGUCCAAAGCGGGUACUAGGAAUCCCUAUGAAGCUCCUAAGGUUUCUAGUGGGGCUGCUGACUUGUCAACAAUGCCUGCUGGGUUAGUAGCUGCAAGGAGAAGCUUGUUGACUGAGGACCGAAGGGAAAGAUCGGUUCAACCACAAUCUGAAGUCCCGAAACUAAUAGCACGGUUUCCUGGAUCUUUCAAGGAAUCCUCGGAGUCCUUCGGCCAACAAGAUCAGAAGCAUCACCAUUUGCUGGGUUUCACUGCUGGUGCCCAUCAGAGGGAGGAUGGAAGGGCUGGCUGCGGCAAUCCUGCCCUUGUGGGGCAUGGGUCAAAGAGUCGCAAAAUCCACUACUCUGGUCCACUGGUUCCAACUGGGAACAUGGAUGAAGUACUGAAGGACCAUGACCGCCAUAUCCAGGAAGCCGUGAGACGAGCACGGAUCGACAAGGUAAAAAUUAGGAAAAUUCAGGUGGAUGGCAGUCAAAUAUCAACCAAUUCAUUAUUCGUUUCUGGUCGUUAA